UCCAGUGUACCCAGUCCCUCAGUGGGAGCCUGAACAGUGAUCUGCGCUAGUCCUGAGAGUCGCCAUCUCAGUGAAGUAGUCCAGUCACCACAGAGAGACUCUCAGACACACUUAGGGUUAUCACAGUUCUACUGUUCUGUCAUUCUAGUUCUACAGAUCUAGUAGUUUUGUUCCUGCCCUACGGUUUUAGUUCUAGCAUUCUAAUUCUUCUGGAACCAAUUCGGAGCUUGUUGUUAUUCACUGUAUGAAUUUCUCCUGUACUGUAGUUCAGUGGCUCACCUUAGUCCAUCAGAAAUCAUUUAGAGUAGCACCUGAGCAGAAGUCAAGCAGCUGUUCCAAUUGAGACCCACCAGCCUUUGUAACUGAGACCUCCUGCAGCACAUCACCAUGCAGCGCACACUGACUUUCCUAAUCUUCUUCUUCCUCAUCUUCCUCGUUCGGAUGGCGAUGGUCGGCUCGUCCACGGCUCGGAGAAGUAGAGUGAGACGGCAGAACAUGAAGGUCAAAAUCAAUGCCACAGGCGACACCAUUGUCAUGAAGUUUGUACUUCCCAACUCUGACACCAAGCUGGAGGGAUUCAUCCUGGGAUACGGUAGCAGUAUGUUUUCCAAACAGUUCCUCCCCCUCCCAGAGGACGGACUACCUUUGCAGACUGAGAUCGACGCUGAGCCCAAGUAUCUGAUCGCAGUGCACCCUGUCCCGGUCAACCAUGUGAGGAAACGGUGCACAGGCAAAGUAAAUCUGGAGAAGCCCCUCCACCUGGUGAUCGGUUCUGUGACUCCCACCACAGUGUUGCUGUCCUGGGGGACCAUUCUAAAGACACCCUACGAGGAAAACAUCAUGGACAACUGCCUGGAGGACGGACACUACACCAUACGAUACCGUGAGAGGAACAGGAAGUGGAACUAUCAGACCUGCCCUACCAGUGACACUGUCAUUGACCACCUUAAGCCCAACACGCCCUACGAGUUUGGGGUCCGUUCCAACAACAAGGAACGCAAUGGAAUGUGGAGUCCACCCGUCAUCCACAGUACCAUCACGGACGAAAAGUCCCCAAGGAAAACCCAAAAUCCACAACCCCCCCUGCCACCUAAAAAAACGGUGCAUCAACCUCUCUUUCCUCUUCAUCAUGCUGUCCAUAAUAGGAACGAGAGCAAACCCCUCCACAGAACCCCUGGUGCUCCAAGGACCAUCUUUGCACCAACCUCAGCCACUAGACAACGCUUCCUGUCCACUCCGAGACCCACAAUGCCUCUGGUGCAGCAGGAGACAAACGAUACCAGUUUCCAGAGACCUUUGACCUCGACCAACCCUCAUGCACCUAUAGGCUCUACCAUGCCUGCCAGGAAUACGAAGUCACCUCGUGGUCGAGUCUCCUCCCACACCACACCUAAUGGCAUCAAGCCUGUCUCUCCACCUAGGAAACCCAUAACCAACUCCUUCCUUAACCCCGGCAAAAAAGGGGCGCCAAAAGCCGAAAAGGAGCACCAGAAGCCAGAUGUCUUGUCCAGUAAGCAUGGCUCCAGUGCCGUUCCUCGUCCCUCUACCCCUUUCAACAAGAUGCCCAACUUGGUGGGGAAACAAGUGGAGAAGGAAGAGCCCAUGAACCUGAAGGGCGACACGGCGUCCAUCCUGAAGCCUUUCCCGCCGGUGACGGCAAAGCCCGCCAAACAAAAGACCAUGACCCUCCUUCCGGCUAUGAAUGCCUCGGCAGACAACUCCUCUGUGUUCAGCGCCCUGCCUGCCUCAGAAGUGGAUGCCCUGGGCAAAAAGCGCUUUGUAGCCCCUCAUGUGGUUUACAGGGUCAACAAGGCGCCUGACGAACCAUGCUCCAUAACGAACUCCCUGAGCUAUUUCCCUGAGGAGGAAUGGGUGGAACAGAACGUCACAGCCCCCCCCCGCUUGCCCCCUUCCAAUGUCACCGUGGUUACCGUGGAGGGGUGUUCCUCCUUUGUCAUCCUGGACUGGGAGAAAGCAGACAACGAAACCACAGAGUAUGAGGUCAUUUCAAGGACCAAAGGACCCCUUGGAGAAGAAGUGUCCAUCCUGACCACCAACCAGACUCACACGGCGGUGGAGAACCUAAAUCCGGAGAGCAGUUAUGAGUUUGAAGUGAAAUCCAAGAAUGAGCUUGGGGAGAGCCCUGCCAGCGAUCCUGUGUCAUUCAGCACUGAAUCAGCGGACCCCCGGGUUAGUGAGACGGUGUCAGGUAAAGCUGCAAUUUGGACCCAGUUCCCUUUCAAUGCCGAUUCCUACUCGGAGUGCAAUGGGAAGCAAUAUGUCAAGAGGACCUGGUAUCGCAAGUUUGUGGGCAUUCAGCUUUGCAACUCCCUCCGCUACAAGAUCUACAUGAGCGAUUCUCUCACCGGCAAGUUCUACAACAUCGGUGACCAGACUGGACAUGGGGAAGACCACUGCCAGUUCGUAGAUUCUUUCUUGGAUGGACGAACUGGCAGUCAGCUGCUUGCCGAUCAGCUACCCGGACGAUUAGGGUUCUACCGUGCUGUACGCCAGGAGCCUGUCCACUUUGGGGAGAUUGGAGCAAACUCUCAUGCCACCUACGUUGCCUGGUAUGAGUGUGGAACCCCCAUACCUGGGAAAUGGUAAGACCCCACCACCUAAGGGGUGGCCACGAAGUUGCCUGACUGGAUGAAUGAUGAUGUUACCAGGUGAGGACUGAGAAGGCCUGUGGGGCCUGAAUGUGGGCUCCUCCCUCCUCUUAUCCUGGAGAUGUGUAUGUUUGUUCCCAUGGAGACCUGCCUGUCUGGUGGCGACAGCCCACAAUCUAUUGUUUAAAAGUGUGCAGGACCAUACAGUGUCAUGGAGCUCUAUUGACAACUUUGUUUCAUGGUUCCUCACCCUGAAAGAGUCUCUGUGGCAAAAUGAACUGUAAUCAAUACAUAGGUUUUCUUUGACCAGUUGUUUAAACUACCCCUAACUAAAAGACCAUGGAAGUAAUAUAAGCAUGUAAAGAAAUGUCUUCAAAUCACCGGAAAUCCAUUUGGUUUAAUGUUCCUUUAAUGGUACUCAUGCCAUUACUUUGAUUUAGUUUUACCAAGCAGUAGCUGAUACUAGCUAAGAACAAAAUCUUUCAGGGUGAGGGAAAAAAAGUUACAUUCUACUUAGUCUCAUUUGACUAUCAAACACAACAACAUGAGGAAAUAUUGCAAAUCUGUAAAAAUGUAAGAGCAGUUAAAGUAUUUUAGAGUGCUUCAAGAUCUUCAUUAUGAACAUAGGAUGGGAAGCUGGCUCCCUGUAAUAACUUGUAAUACGUGUGUUAUUUAUCAAGCAGUUGUUAUUCAGUGUUCCUUAUUGUUUUUAUUGGCCAGUUUGCUGAACGUUUUGCUGCCACACAGAAGCUUCCACAGGGGGUAAAAAAAGUAUUCCACAGACAGACACAGAGAGAGACAGAGACAGACAGACAGACACAGACAGACAGACACACACUC